ACAGGAACACCGUCAUUCGAUCUGUCAACAGUUUACGGUAGUAAUCUGAAGCCUUUGUUGGAAAAAGGUCGUCUAUUUCAAGGUGGUCUAUUAAAAUAUGAAGUGGAUAACGGCCGAGUUUGGCCUCCGAGUAUUAAGACCGGAUUAGGUGUUUGUUUGUCAAAUCAACGACCACGAGAAAAACGAUGUCAUGAUAUUCCUGACAAGGGAGCCAAUAGCUUAGCUGGGAUCAACUUGAUGACGAUCUGGUUAUGGAGGCAGCACAAUCUAAUUGCCAAAGUUUUGUCCAAGAUCAACCCUUGUUGGGAUGAUGACAAGUUGUUUUAUACUGCUCGAGAUAUAAAUAUUGCUAUAGUUAUGCAAAUAUUCUACUAUGAACUUUUGCCAGCUUUGUUUGGCCAUGAAAAUCUACUACAAGAAGGAGUUAUAUCCACCGCUCCAGGAUUUAGGGAUUUCUACAAUAACGAACUCGUCCCCCAAAUAUCACUGGAGUUUCCUUUCGUCUUGCGUUGGUUCCAUACGACGCAAGAAGGUGACAUGAAGUUAUUCGACACUGAAGGAAAUUACUUGAGAAAAUUUCCAAUAGUCAACUUCACUAUCAGAACAGGAUUCUUUGGUUCAGAAGACAACAUGGAUUUUGUGACGCAAGGCAACUUUAGACAAGGCUCUGCCAAGUUUGAUUAUGUCGUGGAUCCCGACAUUGUAAAUAUAGGCUUGGGUCAUCAUCAACGGGCGACUGACUUACUAACAAAUGAUUUAGCAAAGAAUCGUCUGUUUGGGUUCCAGCCUUACGUCAAGUACAGAGAACUUUGUUUCAAGCAAUCUUUCAAAACUUUUGAUGAUCUAAAACAAGCUAUUGAUCCCGAAAGAGUCGAGAUGCUAAGAGAUGUGUACGAAGAAGUAGAUGAUAUAGACCUUUUAGCAGGCAUUUGGCUGGAAAAAGCGAUCACGGGAGGCCAUGUACCGCCCACUCUGUCUUGUAUUGUGGUGGAACAACUGUUAAGAGUCAUCAGGUCAGACCGGCAUUGGUAUGAGAGACCUAAUAGACCAAAUGCUUUCACAUAUGAACAACUGUUGGAGAUAAGGAAGGCGACGGUGGCGCGGCUGCUCUGCGAUGUCGGAGACAAAGUGACGCACAUACAGCGACGUGCUUUCUACAGGAUUAACCACAAUAAUCCGAUGUGCAGUUGCAAAGAUAUUGAAUUCGUCAACCUCUGAGCUUGGAAGGAUCAAACUUGUGGGACAGACAUGCAGCUGUCCUUGGAUUCUUUAUACGACCCCGCCUCUAUAUUUCAUACAGAGUUUUUGAAAUGAAAGUACUAUCGCUAUCUAUAACAA